CCUUUCUCCACCCCUUACCAGCACAAACAGCAGUGUGAUAUUUACAUUUCAAACGACAUUUACUCCACCUUCACCCUGCUAAUUCACAACAUCAUACAAUAAUAUUCAAGAAGCAUCUGAUAAAUAAGACGCUGAUCUGUUGUUUUCAUUCUGGCGAGGACCAAAGCAAGGAAUCGUUCAUCGUCUUGUCGCUUGUGACAUCGGGAUUCGGGAAUCGCAGGAUUAUGAUGUUUUCUUGAUGUUGUGUGUCGUUGGAGGUUUGGGUUGGAUCUAUGACGCCCUUUGGAAGCUGAAGACCCACUUUGAAAACAGCAUUUUUAAUUGUUUUGAUAGAGAUUAUUCCAAGCAAACCGAGCAAAAAUCAUAAUACUUAAAAUAUAUCUUCUCGUGAGUGUAGGAUAUCGAUAGAUAUACUGAAAAUAAAAAGAAUUUGGACAUCAACUCCAGCCCGCAGUGAUGCUCCAGUGUCUGGACUGACUUUUAAUAUGCGCACUCAGACGGAAAUGGAAACCUGGACAUUUUAAAUCAUUGAUCACUUGGAACUGAAUCAUAAACAUAAACUUGCAGCCAUAUCAUAGCUCAAGUUGACACCCAGAUGUGAAAGUGAUCGCGUUUUCUGGGCUUCCCUGGUCUAAGGGAUCACUUGUAUUCAUUAUAAGAGCAGAACAGUCUUCUGAGGGUCCAUCAUGCCCACCUCUCGGUCCGGCGCGUGCUCGGUGGAAUACUGGGUCGAUGGCUCGCGCCGAGAUGGGACAGUGGAGGAUUUCUAUAAUAUGGGGCCAGAAUUAGGCAGGGGUGCCACAUCGGUUGUGUUUCGCUGUGAAGAGAAGCAAACUGAGAAACCUUAUGCUGUGAAGGUCUUGAAGAAAACUAUUGACAAGAAAAUUGUGAGGACAGAGAUCGGAGUCUUGCUGCGUCUCUCUCAUCCAAAUAUUAUUCGUUUGAAGGAAAUUUUUGAAACCGAGACAGAGAUCUUUCUCAUCCUAGAGCUGGUGACAGGUGGAGAGCUCUUUGACAGGAUUGUGGAGAGGGGCUACUACAGCGAGAGAGAUGCAGCUCACGUUAUCAAACAGAUCCUGGAGGCUGUGGCGUACUUACAUGAGAAUGGAGUUGUCCACAGAGACCUCAAACCAGAAAAUCUUCUCUAUGCUGACUUGUCAAUAGAUGCCCCUCUUAAGAUAGCGGACUUUGGUCUUUCUAAAAUAAUCGAUGAGCAAGUCACGAUGAAGACGGUAUGUGGGACCCCCGGUUAUUGUGCUCCUGAGAUCCUCAGAGGAAAUGCUUAUGGUCCUGAGGUUGACAUGUGGUCGGUGGGAGUCAUCCUUUAUAUUUUGCUGUGUGGGUUUGAACCAUUUUUCGAUCCAAGGGGGGAUCAGUACAUGUACAGUCGCAUUCUAAACUGCGAUUACGAGUUUGUCUCCCCCUGGUGGGAUGAAGUGUCUCUCAAUGCAAAGGAUCUGGUUAGUAAGCUCAUAGUGAUGGACCCUCAUAAACGGCUCACAGUGAAACAGGCUCUGGAGCACCCAUGGGUGCUUGGAAAAGCAGCACGAUUCUCCCACAUGGACACAACACAAAGGAAACUACAGGAAUUUAAUGCUCGGCGCAAAUUAAAGGCUGCUAUGAAAGCUGUGGUUGCCACAAGCCGGAUGCAUGAGGGCUCACGACGACGGACGGACAGCUGCGAGAUGCCCAACGCCGACAAGACCUCACGCCAGAGCAGCAUACAGAAGGACAACACGCUGGAUUCUCAAAGAGAGCCCAUUCCCAUUAAAGAGGGAUCUGAGCAGGCUGAAGACGGGCCCCAGAGACCCUCGAGUGGCCCCCUCCACCCUACCCAUAAAUCUAAACCUCCUGGCCCCCCUGGCCCCAUGCCCACUCGCCCACCCCUGAUAGCAGAGGGACACCGGCAGACCUCCGUCCUUCCAAAGGCUCCAGUGGUUCGGCCCAGGGUGCCCAAGAAGAGCUGCUCAAUGGAUCCCGGAGGCAAACACGAGCCUUCGCCAGUGAGCACCACCCCACCAGGUCCCAAGAACCUCAGUAAUGGUUUCACCAUGAGCUUGGAAGCGGGCGGCAGCACAGCAGAAUGUCAGUAGCCUGGAUGAUCUAUAGAUUUGGAUUCACGUAGAAGACAAAUACGAUGCUUUGACAACACACUGAGAAUUUCCUCUUCCAUUUUUUCAUCAUUUACUCAUUUACUAUUUUGAUACUGAACUGAUGUAUGAUGAGCUCUUCAUAUGGAGGCAUGUGGCUUUCUUGGCAACUUUAGGUUAGUGGCACAGCAAAAACUUUCAUUUUUCUCUUUGCACAAGCAUUGUGAAUAAGAUUGUCUCUCAUCAAAACUGAAAUUCAUUUUGCUCUUUCUUCUUUUGCUAUCAUAUGCAACUGUUCACAUAAUCCUCUAUAAAGGUAGUGAGGAUCAUGUAUCUGUGAUGUUGUGAUAGUAUAUAUUUGUUUAGGAAUGAUUGAUAAAAACCCAAAAAUGUAUAUUGCAUACACUAUUCAUAAAUUAAUAUAUAGAUAGAUAAAUAUAUAUAUAAAUAUAUAUAUAUAAUGUAUCUUUUUAUGUCUUUCCCCAGUUUUAAUUCAGACUUUUUGUAUUAGCACAUUACAAAAAAAAAUGCUCUGAUGGUUUGUAAAAGCUCUAAAAGACUAAUGGAAGAUAUAUGUAACGGAUUAUGUUUCUCCCGGCUCAUCUUUGGCAGAAUUGAUGUCAUUCAGGGUUACCACCCCCUUCUUCUCUCUUCAAGACUUGGGAAGGUUUUGCUGAAAAUUGCACCUAAACUGCCACUGUACUAUAAGAAAUCUUCUCUAUGAGGUGGAAUUAAUACAGCCACACUGUCUACCUCUUCUACUGUACAGGGGCUUCCAACUUCUCAAAUAGGAAAUUCUGUAGAGAUCUACUUUUAGGAUAGUAGGCAAGGAAGAAUAUUUUUCAAUGUUGAAUGUCGAAGGGCUGUUUUUGUGAACUUUAUGUAGGCUACAUUUAUCUGCCUCUAUGAACAUGUAACAGCAUUGUGAAAUGUUUCGAUAUAUAAUAUAGUUGCUUUUGUUAUUCUACUUUAUUUUGAUCUUUGCCAAGCAAGAAUGAAUGCUUUGUACAUACUGCUGACAUAAACAGUAGCCUAAUUAGACAUCACUGGAACAUUAUGGUUAUGUAUGAAUAAUAUUACUAUUUUGCAGUUAAGCUAAAUCACAGAAUUCUGUGUUCUAAUGCAAGCCGGUGUAGAUGCUAUUUAUGUUUCAGCAGAAGUUUCCAUGUUUCCAAGAUUAAUAAAUUGUGCUAUCAGAUGCUU